AUGUCUAACAUUGAAGAGAUGAUUGCGCAGUUCUGGAAGAUGAAGGGUAUAGAUGAGAGGCUCAAGGGCGUUACCGAUCGCCACGACGUCUAUCCAGCGAUCGACCCGGCUACCGCGUUCAGCACGAAAGCAUACGAUGGCAAGGUCGUCCUGGUCACCGGAGCAUCAAGAGGGAUCGGCCCCCUCAUAGCGACCUUCUACGCGCGCGCAGGAGCGAAACUCGCACUGGUCGCACGCGAUGCGUCCAACCUCGACUCGGUCAAGAAGACGAUCCAGCAAGAGUCGGACUUAGAUAUUCUCACCUUUGCGCAGGAUGUGAAGGAUACGGAAGCCGCUGCGAAGGCCGUACAGGAGACGUUCGAUCACUUUGGCAGGAUCGAUGUGGUUGUAGCAAAUGCUGGUACUGGGGACAAGUCUGCUCCUAUCGGAGACCGUGAUAUAUCGCGCUGGUGGAACACCAUGGAAGUGAAUCUGCUUGGGACUUUGAACUACGUCGGGCCUGCCCUUAAGCACCUCAAGGAGACGAACGGAUACGUAGUCGGGGUCAGUUCGUGGAGCGCGCUCUUGCGUCAGCCCUCUUCGUCGGACUAUUGCAUCAGUAAGCUGGCACUGAACCGCUUCAUCGAGUUCGUCGCGCUCGAGUACGCCGAUUCCGUCAAGGCCUUUGCCAUCCACCCUGGUGCAGUCUGGACCGAUAUGCCAAAGGGCGCUGGCCUCCCUGAGGUCUUCUUCAUCGACAAGCACGAACUCCCUGCCGCUACUGUUCUGGCGUUGACGUCCGGGAAGUACGAUUGGCUGAGCGGACGCUUCGUUGAUUCAACGUUGGAUCUUGGUGAGGUCGAGCAGAAGAAGGAGGAGAUUCUGAGCAACGACGCGCUCGUCUCCAAGCUUGUCGUUCUCUGA